ACCAAAUCCCACACCGCGUCUUCUCUUCUUCUCUCACAUCUCCCCAAUUUCCCCUUUUCUCCACGGUCCACACACAUAUAUAAAUACACACACUGGCUUUCUCUUUCUCAUCCUACCAUUUCCAACUCAUUGUAUUGAUUGAUUUGAUCUUUCUCAUAUUCUCUCACGCACACACGAUGCAGGAAGCGAUUCCCUACAGGACGACAUUCCAUCACUCUCUGAUCACCCACAGUCCCUCCCCUGCUUCCCCCAGGCGCGACGGAAUGGUGGCUAAGAUGGUCGCCGACAACGCCGUGAUUGUCGUCGGGAGGAGUGGCUGCUGCAUGUGCCACGUCGUCAAACGGCUUCUCCUGGGGCUGGGCGUGAACCCUGCGGUUUAUGAUGUGGAGGAGAAGGAUGAGGUGGGUGUUCGUACAGAACUCGAGGCAUUGAUUCAUGGGAGGGAUAAAGAUGAGAAGGUGCUUCAUUUUCCGGCGGUGUUCAUAGGGGGAAAAUUGUUCGGGGGGUUGGAUCGUCUCAUGGCCACCCAUAUUUCCGGUGAUUUGAUUCCCAUUCUGAAAAAAGCUGGCGCCUUGUGGCUCUGAUACCUUUAUUUGUCAAGCAGGUUAACGCUCGUCUCCCCGCCCCCUCUCUGUUUCGGAAAUUGUAAAGAACGGGAAGAAAAAGCAAAAAAGAAAAAUGAUUAAUUUCCUGUAUUAAAGAAAUGGGCAGUAGCACCGAAUAUUAUGAUAUGACAGGCAAGAGAUGGAAUGUUUUUACUCCGUGA